GUCAACUCAUAUUAAAUUACAGCGGCCCAUUAUUCUUCAAAUAAGCCGAACAAUAAGGCCCAAAAUAUUUGCUAACCCAACUCCAAAAUCUAGAAUAUAUUAUUAUUUUGCAUUUAAUUCUCCGGCCAUCAUCUCCUGCAAUAAUCAAAACCCCGCCACCGCCACCGCCACGUCAUCUUCUGCCGCAAACAUUACCUGCUGUUUCCGCCGCCGGAGCAGGGCUUUCCAAUGAGCAGUUUCAAACUUGAUUUUUUGCAAUUAGGUUUUCAACAAAAAAACCCCCAAUUUCACAAAUUAAGAAUCACAUGUGGUCUGAGAAACGGGCCCCGGAAAGCUAUGUGGAGGACCCGAAUUCUCUCCACCGAAGCUAUUCAAGCCGUCCAAUCCUUGAAAUUAGCCCAAAAUCCCUCUAAAUUGGAUCAAGUUUUCAGCACUAAAAUCAGCAGGCUUCUCAAAUGCGAUUUAAUGGAUACAUUAGCCGAGCUUCAGCGCCAAAACGAAUUAGAUUUAUCCCUCAAGGUGUUCAGCUUUGUGAGAAAAGAGGUUUGGUAUGUACCAGAUUUAUCUCUGUACAAUGAUAUGAUGAAGAUGUUUGGGAAGAAGAAAAUGAUUGAGACGGUCGAACAUCUCGUGUUAGAAUUGAGGAACGAAGGUUUGGAGCCUGAUGCAAGAACAUAUACCGAACUUAUUGGAGCGUAUUUUACGGUAGAAAUGGUGGACAAGGCAAUGGAGACUUACGAGCUGAUGAAGGCAUCGGGUCAUGUACCGGAUAAGUUGACCUUGACGAUUGUGAUAAGGAAUCUCGACAAGGCUGGAGAAGAUGCUCUUUCCAAAGCAGUAAGGAAAGAAUGCGCCGAGUAUUUUGAUUACCCUGAUAAGUUUCUUGAAGAAGUUGAUAGAUCAUUUCCGAAGAGGAGGUCGCUAAUUCACACAUAAGGACUUGUAUUGUGUUUAUUUGAUUACAUGCAUAGCAUACCGAUUCUUACGGGCAAAUGUGCAGCUGAAUCGGAGGAAGACUUUGUUCGUUGGUCUUGUAUCUAAAUGUAAGAAAAUUCGUUACGCCUAGUUGAGCCUCAUUGUUAAGGGUGGAAAUCGUAUGGAACAGCCAUAAUUAAAAUUUUCAUAAAAAAAAUCGAUUUUUUUUUCGGAA